AGAAUUAUCUUAUCGUUUUUUUAAUAAGAUAUUCUGGCAUUAGGACUGAAGACAAUAUAGUUUCAUAGUUUGAAUUGGGUCAGGUUACAAAGUCCUGGAUAUUUUCAAGGUGGGUGGAACAUAGGGAUAACAGAAGUUAGUCCUGGUCUGGUUGUGAGCUUGAGUGCAUGAUCCGGGACUUGGGAGAUUUAGGUAGCUGAAAAUCGUAGUCUUCUUGUUUUUGAGGUGAUUUCAGGCUACGAAAAUGGAGGCUCGGUUCAACAGAAUCUCUUGCAUUUUCGUCCUGUUUUGCAUCGUAUUCAGUGCGCAUGCGCAAGACACAGAUUCAUCAGGUUUUCCUCAUAUAGCAGAUCUUGAAAUCGAAUUCUAUGAGACAGCAGUUACGCUUACGGACGAAGAUCAGCAAGUAACUGCUUUAGCCAAAGAAUAUUAUGAUAAUACUGGUCCACGUGGAAAGCUGGAACUUAUAGAAGAUGGAGAGAAAAGAUCUAUUUACCACAAUAACAUAACCAAUCAAAUACUUGAAGUAACCACAACAACAUGUCAGGCUUGGACCAAGGAUGAGUCACAGUAUUGGAUCCAACCAGUAUUUUACGGCUGGCUGAACAGAAGUCCUUUGAUCAUUGGGCCAACCGCUCUCCUGUGGUAUGCACAAAGUCGUAGAAAUGAUAUCAAACCACUUGGUCCAUCUACUGUAAGAAACAUCUUUUGUGAGAGGUAUUCAUUAGACAUCCAGAGUAAUACAGAAAAUGUUACUGUUUUCUAUCACUUUGCAGGUAAAAAUUGGACAACCCCUUAUGAUCUCAAAGGAUUUCAAAUAACACAAGUUCCAGUUCGAAUCGAAGUGAGAGGAAUAACCCGAAAACAUUCGAGGGACGACAGAUGGCAGCCCAAAAAUAUUAUUACAGAUUUCGCUUAUUUCAGACCAACUAUCUCAGACUGGCUGGCAUUGCAGCCUCCUCUUGGCAUCGGUUGUCCUUUGCGUAAAACCUCCAGAACGAUUCCAAAAAUUCCAAAAGUAUUCACAUAUAGCGCCGAGGUUUAUGAUUCUAUUAAAGCUAAGCAGAAAGCUGUCACAGAUAUUGAGUAUCAAAGGAUAUUUUACGACAGUGUCAGACAAAUGGCAAGAUUGGACAAAUACAAUGCUUUGAAAAUGUCAUCUGAAUUUUAUGAUUUCAACACAGGUGUGACUUACAGCAUUCAGGAUCAGAGUACUUGUACCAUUACACCCCUAAGAAAUUCUAUCUUUGAGGGAUACGACGGUCAGCUCAUUGGACAUCUGAAAGAACCCGGUGAAGUUCUGAACAUGGAUGGAAAGUUUUACUACAUGGGAGAAAGGAGAAUUAGAGGCAUCAAAGCAGAUUCUUUCGAAAGUAUUCAAGAAGACGUGACUUUCAUGAAGCAAUCUUUGAAGAAAUUGGUGGUCACGGCUUAUUUCUCUGAGGACUACUAUACUAUUGCUGUUAACGGAGAAAUAGAGUCACAAAUUCCUGUUUAUUACAUCGUAACUGGUUGGAAUAAUGCUACAAACAUUGCCUUCCAAUUGCACUACAACAUCUUUGCCUUUGAAGAUGUCAUCUAUCCGGAGAUGUACAAAUCCUUCGACAUGACCAGAUGUUUCCCGACAAUGGAAGAGAAAUCCUACUUUUUGCUGAUCCUAAACGUUGACCCUAUAAUUGCCACCGCUAUGGAGAAAGUCGAUGAUAUGAUUAAGGAGGAGUUAAGAUGGCUGAUUGCUAAAACAGCCCUAAUUUCUGAUAUGAGGAUCCCAAUGAUUAGCAUUGAUUACAAAUCACAAGGCGUGUUUGUGACUGGCUUGAUGCUGGACCGACCAGCUGCACUAGCCCAGUUCUUCCUGGAAUACCAAGGCGAAGUGAGGACAAGAGAUCCGGACGUAAAGGCCAUCCAGACAGCCAAUACAAAAGAAAAAUGCGCAUUCGCCUGCGUCGAUGAACACAGCUACAUCUGCAAAGGCUUUUAUUUCUGCAAUCAAGCUUGCUUCAUUAAAUCUGAAGGAAUUUUGGAACCAUCGGAUGGCAAUGUUGAAAAUUUCGGCGAGUGUGAAACCUGGUUAAGAGCUGAAACUCGAUCAACAAACAAAGAACAUUACCUCUUCGAUGCUCUCACUCGUUUGGAAAGUGCUGUAGUGAACGAAACUCUCUCUUAUCUUUUUAAAUUUAAUGAUACUUACAGCCUAGAACUUCCCAUCAAUGAUAUUGUUAUCGGAGAUGGACCUUACACAGGUAAUGACAAUCAGGAGAAACCUUACAUCACAGUGGCCAAAUAUGCAAAACUGAAACCUGGAGAUCAAACCACAGUGUCCUUGCACGAAGUGGACACCCUUAACGAUUGCUACAAAGCUUGCAAGACCUCGGACGACAUCAACUGCGCCAGUUUCUCCUAUUGUCCAGAUGCCGAUAAUAAACAGUGUAUGAUAACUUCCGUACUAGUGACCAACCGCAACAAUGUUGAUACGGAUGAAGAUAAGAAUUGCUUCGUAUACUCGCUGAAGUAUCUCGAUUUCUACAACGCCUAUCCUGGAAGAGUUUCUAUGCUGCCUGGUGAUGAUCUGAUAGAAAAGGUUACAUCCGUUGAAGACUGCGCCAAAGCCUGCCGCGAAGAAAAGAAAUUCACCUGCCGAGGCUUCGAAUACUGCAGAUCAGCUAAGACAUGCGUCCUGCAUUCCAAACAUGUCAUGGAUUUGAAAAAAGAUGAAUUCGUUGAGAACGACAAAAAGACUACAUGCACUCACUACGCAGCCAAAUUUGCCGCCGACUACUAUGACAUGGGUUUUACUUUGAUUAAAGACGACAGCGACAAGAGAAAUGAAAUAACUCUGGAAGAAUGCGCCAGAGUGUGCUCAGAGGAAAGAAAAGACAACUGUAAGUCAUUCAACUACUGUCCAGCAUCCGGUCCUUACAGUACCGACAGUAGCUGUGCUCUCAGCGUCAAAGUUCUGGAUGAAAAACCAGAUUUGGAGUCUAAUGAUAAAUGCCAUCAUUAUGAAAAGAAAGAGAUCGUCGAUGACUGGGCUAAAACUAGCAACAAACUGAAAGUCAUCAUUCCAAGUACUAGCGGUUACACCAAAAAGGGAUUCACUGGACUGGUCAUCGGAAUGCUAGCCCUUGGUCUUAUCCUCGGAGCAAUUGGCUUUGUGCUCUUUUCUUACAUCAAGUCGAAACGCUACGGUGGCGAAGGCAUGACCGUCAGGUUCAUGAAAUCUGACAUUUGAAAAAAAUAGCAUUGCUUAUUACUUUUGAACUUUGUACAUUGUUUAAUAAAAAGUUCUUCGGGAACUGUGAUGUCUAUACAUCAACAUUGUGAUUUAAGUUAAGCGUGCCAUCGGUGAAAAAUGUCAAAUUCUUAUUGUACAUUGCUUAUAUUUCUUUUCAAAUGUCGUUCUUUGUUUAUGUUUGUGACGUUUUAAUAUGGUAAGAAAUGUUAAACAUUAAAUAUUUUGAAGUGUGUUGUCA